AUGCGGGUUCACGCCACAAAAAAGCCGUUCCUCUGCCAGGACUGCGGUAAGGGUUUCUCUCGAGGCGACUACCUGAAAUCCCACCGCAGGUUACACACAGAAGAAAACCCUUACAAAUGUCCGGAAUGCAACAGCCCUUUUCCCGACAAACUGACCCUGAAACAGCACCGCCAGGACCAUCACAACCGAGGCAGCCAUGUUUGUGACGUAUGCCAGAAGAGCUUCACCAAAUCGUACAAUCUGAAGGUCCACCAGAGGAUUCACUCAGGUGAGAAGCCUUAUCAGUGUCCAAAGUGUGGCAAGUGUUUCUCGCAGAACAUUCAGCUGAAGAUCCACCAGACCACACAUGAGGCAGAGAAAGUCCACAAGUGUGAGGUGUGUGAGAAGAGCUUCAGCAAGUCAUACAGCCUGAAGGUCCAUCUCAGAGUCCACUCAGGAGAAAAGCCUUACCAGUGCGAUGAAUGCCACAAAGCCUUCUCCAAGAACAACCUGCUGACCGUACACAAGCGCAUUCACAGCGGAGAGCGCCCUUACCAGUGUUCAGAGUGCCCAAAGAGCUUCAGCGUCAUGUCCCACCUCCGUGUCCACAAGAGGACUCACUCUGGAGAGCGGCCUUACCAGUGCACCGAGUGUGCCAAGAGCUUCAGUGACUACUCUUCCAUGGUGCGUCAUCAGCGCAUCCACUCGGGCGCCAAGCCCUACCUCUGCACCGUCUGUAGCAAGAGUUUCCGAGAGAAGUCCCACCUCACCGUGCACAGACGGAUUCACACCGGCGAGAGGCCUUACAGAUGCAGCCAAUGCGAGCGGACAUUCAGUGACUGCUCCUCUUUCGUCGAGCAUCGAAGGAACCACUUAGGGGCAAGGCCAUACAAGUGUGCGGUGUGUGAGAAAAGCUUUACCAAGGCCUACACACUAAAAAUCCACCUCCGGGGCCACAGUGGGGAGCGGCCAUACAAAUGUAGCCGCUGCCCGCGCAGCUUCAGUAUCAACUAUCAGUUGAAGGUCCACGUGAAGACGCAUGAAGUCAGUGAGCAGGCCGUCCCACCUCACAUUAUACCAGGUGCCAUUCUUGUAGAGCAGUAG